UCCUGCUCGGUUCUUGUUGUUUAGUGCACGGGACGCUGGAGGGAGGUCCCUCGGUCGACGGAGGAGCCACGCUUUUCCCUUAUUUUGCAGCAGCUUCUCAGUCCGCUGGCCCAUCGCUGUGGCGAGAUCUCUUAAAUCGGCGUGCCGAAAACUCCAAUCGGGCUCGGUCCUCUCCUGCUGCCUCCUUCUUGUUCCUUCUGAAACCUCCGGUUUUGCUGCUGUUCGCCAUCGGUCGGGCCGAGAUUGGUUAAAUAUUCUCUGGGCGGAUGCAUGAAGGAGUGCUGGAACGAUGAGAGAUGAGCGCUCGGUGAAAAGCAAGCUGUCUUGGACGAAGAAAUUUGUCAAGAAAUGGCUCAACGUUAAGGGCAAAUUUGAGGGUUUUCAAUCGCAUUCUAAUGUUGGUGGAGGAGGAGAUAUCUGCACCGAGAGGGAGACAUUCAAAGUGAAUGAAACUAUAGCUGCAAGUCCAAACAAGCCGAGUUUGGAUAGAGUCGGAGAAGGAAGAUUUGAAGUCGAUUUAGCUCAAGCUACCUGUGCUGAGGACUACAAAGUAUUUGUGUCGACAUGGAAUGUAGGUGGAAAAUCUCCAUCAAAGAGUUUGAAUCUUGAAGGAUGGCUCCUUGCUACACCCCCUGCAGACAUAUAUGUCUUAGGAUUUCAAGAGAUUGUUCCUCUCAAUGCCGGCAAUGUUCUCGGCGCAGAAGACAAGCGGCCAGCCAAGAAAUGGUUGGCACUCAUCAGAAAGACACUCAACAGUCUGCCUGGUACAUAUAGUUGUGGAAGCUGCAGCACACCGUCUCCCGUUCCGAAUCCUCUUGUGGAGUUAGAUGUUGAUUUUGAAAAUUCUUCCGUGAGGGAGAAGAGUUCGUCAUUCAUGCACCGAUGUUCGUUACAUUCCCUGAGCCGUAGUUUAAGAAUUGAUUCUGAUACCAUGGUGAUACAACCAUGGAUUGAUCGUAGGUAUAGCGUGUGUGACAGAGUAAGCAUUGGUAGCAGACCGAGUGACUUUGAUCCCUGCUUCAUAAGUGGAGAUUCAUCUGAUGAUGAGAAAGUUGGGGGAGAACCACUUUCUACAGCUAGUUACUCGCCAGCGUCAUUUGUGUACGGUGCUCAGUCCUGUAAGGAAGAAAGAAGCCGAUCAUCGUUGGACUCUAGUUAUUGCUAUUGCUUGAUCACAAGUAAGCAGAUGGUUGGCAUCUUUCUAACGAUCUGGGCGCGAGAUGAAAUUAGAGACAGUAUACAGAACCUGAAGGUUUCAUGUGUGGGCAGGGGAUUGAUGGGUUAUCUAGGCAAUAAGGGUUCAAUAUCGAUCAGCAUGACUUUGCAAAGAACAAGCUUCUGCUUCGUAUGUAGUCAUUUAACCUCAGGAGAAAAAGAGGGCGAUCAACGACGGAGGAAUUUAGAUGUUUUGGAGAUUCUAAGAAAGACUAGGUUUCCUCGAAUUCACAGCAUAUGCAAUGAGAAGUCUCCUGAAACAAUUCUCGAGCACGAUCGAGUUAUAUGGCUUGGUGAUUUAAAUUACCGGAUUGCUCUUUCCUAUCAGUCAGCUAAGGCUCUAGUUGAAAUGUGCAAUUGGAGAUCGUUGUUGGAAAAAGAUCAGCUGCGAAUAGCGCAACGUCGCGGCCAUGUUUUUGAUGAAUGGAAAGAAGGAAACAUAUCCUUUCCUCCGACCUACAAAUAUUCAAACAACUCAGAUAGAUACACAAGCGAUGGAAUUUGCCACAAGGAGAAGCGAAGGACGCCGGCAUGGUGCGACCGGAUUUUAUGGUAUGGAAGAGGCCUUACUCAGUCAGCUUAUGUACGCGGAGAAUCAAGAUUCUCCGACCAUAGACCUGUAUACGGCAUGUUCAAUGCAGAGGUCACCCGAAUCAAGAACAACACGAGCUGUUCUAAUUCUCAUUUGGACUCGGAAGAAUUCUAGUCAUACUCACAUGGUCAAUCAUACAGAAAGAAACAUGUUUCGAUUGACAGGAAUGAAGUAAUGAGGAAUUGAGCCAUGAAACCCCAAAGUCAAGCAAGCAUCGAUAUGUUUUUUCCAGACUUCAGGUUCUCUCAUCUGUUGUUCGAACAGGUAAACAGGCAGGCUGCUUUCCUUUCUCUCUUCCGAGAAACUUCCUCUGUCAAACGGC